AUGGCGAGCAACGAGCAUGGCGCGACCGGCAACAUCUCGACAUGCCAAGGGACUCCAAAUUCUAUUGACCAUGCUGGUGAUACAGUGCUGCCUGAAGCAGUGACAACAGAGAGAUUGAUCGAUAACCCCGUUGAACACUACAGCCGUGACCCCAUGGAGCGGGCGACGACACUCAACGACUUCAUGCGUUUCCUACGCGAAAUGACAUCGGUGGCGAAUCUGGAUGGGCUCAUAUCGCUGGCCCAGGCAUUUUUGUGGGGGGAUCUUGGCAUGGUGUCGUCGUUUCACAAGCAUGGCGUUCCAGUUGUCGUUCAUGGAAGCAAGUCCAACAACCGCGACCUCCGCUGGCACGCUCCCCUUCCCGUGAUUGCGCAUCUCAAACCACCCACGUUUACGUCUGCCAGUGCAAAACAUAAGGGCAUGCCUUCUACCGCGGUGGAAUCUGCUCCAUUGCUUACACCUCCACCUGCAGCAGCCCAUAAUGCUGACGACAUCAUCGAGGAACUGUACCAAGCUCUUCGCAUGCAAGUGCGCGAGUCCAAGGCCAAAAAUUCGAUGCAAGACACGAUACUUCCCGACCAGGCAAAGCGUCCACACCAGCCCAAUGCAUCAAGUACCAAACCGCGAAAGAAACCCCAAACAAGCCACCACUGCGUGAUGGCCACCCACGGCCAUCGAUAG